AAACCACAGGCCUGGUUCAUUCUGGGAACUACAGGCAGUGUCCUUGGGGAACUGCCUCAGUUCAGAUUCUCAUUCCUCCAAGAGCCUGCUCUGAUAUCAGCCAUGCUUGCGGCAGCCGGCUCCCUAGUGGCUGCCAUUUGGGCUGCGCUCCAUCUCCGGAUUUUGCUGCUGUCUGCUGUCACCUUUCUGUUCCUGGCUGAUUUCCUCAAAAACCGUCGCCCCAAGAACUACCCGCCAGGGCCAAUGCGCCUUCCUUUCGUGGGUUGCUUGUUCCAUUUGGACCCCAAGCAGCCCCACCUAUCCCUUCAGCAGUUUGUGAAGAAAUACGGGAAUGUUCUAAGCCUGGAUUUUGCUAACAUACCUUCAGUGGUUAUAACUGGCAUGCCCUUAAUCAAAGAAAUCUUUACUCAAAUGGAGCACAAUUUUAUGAAUCGCCCAGUCACUCUUCUCCGAAAACAUCUCUUUAACAAAAAUGGAUUGAUCUUCUCCAGUGACCAGACAUGGAAGGAGCAAAGGAGGUUUGCCCUGAUGACACUGAGGAACUUUGGACUAGGAAAGAGGAGCUUAGAGGAACGAAUACAAGAGGAGGCUCACUACCUUGUGGAGGCCAUAAGAGAUGAGGGAGGACAGCCUUUUGACCCUCACUUCAAUAUCAGCAAUGCAGUUUCCAACAUAAUUUGCUCUAUUACCUUUGGGGAGCGCUUUGACUACCAUGACAGUCAGUUUCAGGAGAUGCUGAGGCUACUGGAUGAGGCCAUGUGUUUGGAGUCAUCAAUGAUGUGCCAACUUUACAAUAUCUUUCCAAGGAUACUUCAGUAUCUUCCUGGAUCACACCAGACACUUUUCAGAAACUGGAGAAAACUGCAAUUGUUUGUUUCCGAUAUUGUUAACAAUCACCGGAGAGACUGGGAUCCAGAUGAGCCGAGAGACUUCAUUGAUGCUUUCCUCACAGAAAUGACAAAGUACCCAGACAAGACUACUACAAGUUUCAAUGAAGAAAACCUCAUCUGCAGCACUCUGGACCUCUUCUUUGCUGGAACAGAGACAACAUCUACAACACUGCGCUGGGCUCUCCUCUGCAUGGCCCUCUACCCAGAAGUCCAAGGUGACUGUGUGAUGAAUGCACCUGGACAGGGUGGAAUGAUGCUUCUGGAAUCUGUGGUUCAGAUGGGACCAGAAGUUGGCAUGGAGGGGUGAGGAAAGGUAGAGUGCCUGGGAGGUAAUGUGCACUUAGAAAGGGGGACAUUCUCCACAUGUUCUGUCAGGAUCAUGAUGGGUUUACCUCACAACUCAGCCUAGAAGAAAGCAAAGAAGGGAAGUGACACUGUGGUAAGUUCCAGCAAAGAAUGACUUUACCCUAAGAGCAUCCACAGAUUUCCUCCUUCCUUUUUAGCAACUCAUUCUUAUUUGUCCUGGAUAUUGUGCAAAUGCCCUAAUCUGGUUUCUGGAGUCAUGUGACACGCUCCUCUCUGCCCAUUCUCAACCCCACCCUGCAUUGUAGCAUUCCUGUGUUACAGUCUUAUAUUGUUGCUGUCUUUAUUCUUGCAUCUAAGUCAUGACAAUGGGUCUUCUAUCUACCAAAAAUGUAUUGUUCCAGUUUCUGCCAAAUCUAGAAGGAUAUUACAAGGCUCCACCUUUCUAAGGUAUCACAUUUCUCCAGGAAUUUACUGACUGCCAAAUUGUUGUCACUUUCUUCAUCCAGAGAUGAACAAUGCUCCUUCAUCACUGAGAUUUAUACAUUAUUUUAUUGUCUCUCUACUGCCUUUUGUCCAUGACAAAGCAUGCUUUCUCUCAUAAUUUCUCUUCCUCUAUAUUCUAGAAGAGCUUAGCAGGUGCUGGUUAGGACCAUUUUUCUUUUUAUGAUAUAUUUUGUUUUCAAAUUGUGGUUCACAGUUUAUUUAUUUAUAAAAUCAAUUUAGUCCAUUUUGAAAACCAAAAAAGAUAAAGAGUUCUGACAAUAUGAUGAAGUAAAAUUUGUCCAUAAUUUUUAUUUCAUCUUUGGAUGAGUGACUCUCUGUAAAUGUAUGUAUGUGUAUAUGCAUAUAUACAUGUUGAGGCCACAAACCAACUUCUUCAGAAACAUAGUUUACUUUUCUUUUUUAAAGAUACAUUCUUUCAUGGGCCUGGGAUUCAGCAAAUAACCACUGAGCCCCAGGGGUCCACUUGUCUCUGCAUCUCCAGCAUAUUAGAACUACAAGAUUUUGCCAUCACAUCUGACUUUUUCAUAUAGAUUUUAGGGACCAAACUUAGGUCCUCAUGUUUGCAAAGGAAAUAUUUUACUGGCUGAGUUAUCUCCCCAGAGUAAACUUCAUUUCUUUAUGAAUGUAAAAUGUACACUUAAUAUGUAUCUACCUUUAACUGUAUGCAUCUUGAAUCAUCAUUGAAAAUAUAUUUUUAUGAAUAUUA